AUUAUUGUUGCUCUCGGUUACUUAUUUGUUAACACCAGAAAUGUCCAGCACCUAAUCCUCAUCUCUCGGCAGGGAAAGUUAAAAAGCAAGGGAAAAAAAAAACCUGAAAAAUGGCAACAUCUGUUAUCACACCACCUGCUAUACCAUACGCCUUGCAUUGGCCGUCGCAUAAUCGUCUUCCGUGCGUAGGCUCUCGUCGACAAUGCUUUGCUCGGAAGCUUGCGUUGCAAUUCUGGUCCACAAAUUUCCCACAACAUUAUCGCCGGAGAACUUCGGUCUGGGCAGUAAAUCAAAAUGCUGAGGAAUCAUUCAAAAAGACCGUGGCAGUAGACAGACUCAUAGAUAUGCUGAGGGAUGCUAAUGAUAAGGAACUUCAGAAACUUGUUGCCGAAAAUAUUCUUGCUUUCAAUGAGAGCUUUUGGAUAAGACUUGCUGCUAGAUCUGAAACCUGCAAAUCUGAUGAUGAUAAAAAAGAUUAUGAAGAACUGGCAUCGUUGUUAAUGAACUUGGUGGAUCGUCUUGUCGACAAGACCAAUGAAAAGAUAGAGUCAGCUACUGAUGUUCUGAAGGCAAUUUUAAAACCUGUAGUUGAUGAAGUAGAAGAGAUUCCUUGGCCUCCUAGGGACCCUGAAACUCUCAAGCUCAUGGAGAAAGAAUUAAAGCAAAGGGAGCAAGAAGGCCAUCUGGAUGAAGGGUUCUUAUCGGAAGUUACUGCACAGUUAAGGCAAGCAAAAGAAGAUGGAGACAAGCCAGGGCUUGAGGCUAUGUUGCAAAAGGUUCUGCAACUCUAUGCUUCCCGGAUCCUCUCUAAGCGUAGUUAUUCCACAAAAGGGAAUGAGGUGUUAAGAGAUGAGCAGUUCCUGGAAACAAUAAUUAAAGCUCCAGAGGGAGAAUGGAAUAAGAUGUUGAUUGAUGGUAAAGGGGAAAUUUCACCAGAGGAACUGGACAAUGUUAUUAAGAAACGAAUUGAAAGGACGUUGAUUCGAACAGAAGCGGGCUCUUACCAGCAGCGAGUUCUUGUUGAGUACCUGAAAGGCAUUCAAUCAAGAUCAGAUGAGAUUGUACAAUUACUCCAAGGAUAGACUAGACAAAGCAUUAGCAAUCAAAAAUGGUGUGAGGGCGUUGAUUUACUGCAAAAGGUUAUUGCCAUGCUCUGGAUUCGACGGAUACAAAAUACACGUGGAAUAGGAUCGGUUCGGAAUACAGUUUAUUUGGGCAUCAGAGAUGUAAUCAGUAUGAAGACCUCGUUACAGCUCCGUGCACAAACUGCAAUAUACUACUACGGACGUAGACGUAACUCGUUUUAUCCCUUUCACCAAUCCGCCCUCUUAACCUGCAAGAAACCACAGUGCAUUCGGGUUCUGGUUUGGGCCAAGGUUAAUGGUGCUUACUGUUUACAGUUUACUGGACUGCCUUGGAUGCAUUGACCAACUUAGCAAACUGUUUCGAUGGGGGAGGGAACCCAAAAAAAAAAAAAAAGAGUGAGAGGGAAAGGAAAUUUUUUAUGACAAAAUGUAUGGUUGACUAGUUUCUCAUCAUGUUUUUAAUCCUCUUCUUAUUUUAAAACUAGAAGUGAUUAUUAGUAAAACUGUAUAAAAGUGUAAAAGUCCCCCAAAGUAUUAGAAGUUUGAUAAUUCUCGUAAGGUUAUGCCUUUAUUGUGUUUUCCGGCUAACUUUGACAAGUAUUUCAAUGGUGGAUGAGGAAUUUAUACGUAA